AUGCCGCCUCCAAAGAGCUCAUCCGGGAUGGGCUACGAACGAAAAAAGAGGAAUCUCACCGCAAUUCCAAUUACCUCUCCAAUGGCCGCCUCCAGCUCGUCAAAUUACCGCUACGGAAAUCAGCAUUCGGCCAGCAUACCAGGGCGCAGUCCUUCUCCUCCAGCAUCCGCCUACUUUCCUCUACUCUCUGGAGACAACACCACACGUCUGCGGCCAACACCCGAUGCCGACGCCCACUUUGCGUAUAGUACAACUCUCAGGCGGCACCAGUCAGAGAGUGCAGCAGCCCUCGCUUCACCAGCCGUCUUCGCUGCAGCUGUCAACGCAGAAGCCACUAGUCUCUGGACGCGAGCUGUCAAUACCAUAACCGGUCGACAGACGAACGAGUAUCAGGUGGUCGAGAAUGGACGAGAGACGCCACCUGCCUCCCGUGAGCAAAGUAAAGACACCGCGUCUGGGAAGUUUGCGCAUAUGUCAGCGGAGGCCACUAUCAGCUACUUUAGAAGCUCUGGGACAGACGGAUUGCUACACACAGACAUUAACACACUACGCGAACACCAUGGCUAUAACGAAUUCUCUGUCUCAUCGCCAGAACCACUACUUCUCAAAUUUGCCAAAACGAUUUACGAAUCUCCUUUGAUCCUUCUAUUAUGUGCCAGCGCAACUAUCAGCGCUAUUAUGGGAAACAUAGAUGAUGCAGUCAGUAUCACGGUCGCAGUACUAAUUGUUCUAACGGUUGGCUUUGUGCAAGAACGACGGUCCGAAAAGAGUCUGGAAGCUCUAAAUAAACUGGUUCCUCACCACUGUCAUGUUAUCCGCGAGGGCGAAGCGAUUCACGUACUUGCCAAUGAACUCGUACCAGGUGAUCUAGUCAAGUUCGCCACCGGCGAUCGUAUACCGGCCGAUAUCCGUCUUGUCGACGCAAUUGACCUCGAAGUGGACGAAAGCAGUUUGACGGGAGAGACGGAAGCGCGCAGGAAGGAUACAGCCACAUGUCGAUUUGAGCACGGUGCGGCUCCUGGGGAACCAGUCGCGCUGGCGGAGCGGACGUGCAUCGUCUACAUGGGCACGUUGGUCCGAAACGGGCGCGGUACCGGAAUUGUCAUUGCUACAGGCGCAGAAACGGAGUUCGGUGUCAUUUUCUCGAUGAUGCAGGAUGUUGAGGAGCGUCGGACACCCCUCCAACUCAACAUGGACGAACUCGCGAAAAAGCUUUCAUUCAUGUCCUUCGGCGUUAUUGGCGUAAUUUGUCUGAUUGGUGUUCUACAAAAAAGAUCGUGGUUGGAGAUGUUUACGAUCGGUGUUUCGCUUGCCGUAGCUGCCAUCCCUGAAGGUUUGCCGAUUGUCACUACCGUUACAUUGGCGCUUGGAGUUUUGCGGAUGGCCAAGCGGAAAGCCAUCGUGAAGAAGUUGCAUUCGGUCGAGUCUCUCGGAUCUGUUUCUGUUAUUUGUUCAGAUAAAACAGGAACGUUGACUAAAAACGAGCAAACGGUGACGGAGGCUUAUGCUGUUGACGAGACUCUGUUCUUGGACCCAAGCUCCUCGAUACCCUACACAGGCACUGUAUCACCAGCUAUCAAACGGGCGCUAGAUAUUGGUGCUCUAUGCAAUAAUGCAUCUCUUAUUCGCAAUGAAGAUGGAGUAUAUGUCGGGCAAUCUACUGAUGUUGCUUUGCUCAAUGUCCUACAGCUGUUCGGCGUCCCUGACAGACGCGAGACAUUCAAACGCCUCGCAGAGAAAUCCUUCAAUUCUGAACAAAAAUAUAUGGCUGUAUCCGGUAUCCACGAAGAUGGUUCACCCCACCUGCAAGUGAACGGCUCUCCGAGGGAGAUGUACUACAUCAAAGGCUCAAUAGAGGCUAUCAUCGACCGGUGCAAGUUCUACUAUGUCAGCGAGGAAUCGACGCCCGCACUCGACGCGAACACCAAGAAUGUGAUCAUGACGCGAGCCAACGCGACCGCAGCGAGAGGCCUGCGGGUCAUUGCGAUGGCAUUUGGGUACGGAUCUGCGAACCCUGUAAAUGGGCUGAACGGGAACGGCAAUACGAGCUCGUUGGGUAGUACACCGCACGGCUCGCGCGCACCGUCGCCUGGGCCUAAUGGGGCAGGGGAUAAAGCUGGUGAGAAAACGAACUUGGUGUUUGUGGGAUUCCAGGCCAUGCUUGAUCCACCGCGCAAGGGUGUCGCGGACUCGAUCAAUCUGCUGCAGUCUGGUGGUGUGCAAGUGGUCAUGAUCACGGGUGACGCUGAGCCCACUGCUCUCUCCAUCGCUCAGAAACUCGGGCUGCGCGUCGGACGUCUGGGAGCGGGAAGCGGGGGUGCGGCGGGGGUGUCGUCUGCGCAUUGUUUGACGGGCAAGGCGAUUGAUCAGAUGACCAAGGCGCAGCUGAAGGAAAGGGUGGGGAGCGUCAGUGUGUUUGCGCGCACGACGCCGAAGCAUAAGAUGGCGAUUGUGGAGGCGUUCCAGGCGAGAGGGAAGAUUGUGGCUAUGACGGGUGAUGGAGUUAAUGACGCACCGGCGCUCAAGAUGGCGGAUAUUGGAAUUUCUAUGGGCAAGAGCGGCACGGACGUGGCGAAGGAAGCUGCUGAUAUGAUUCUCGUCGACGAUAAUUUCAGCACGAUAUUGCCCGCCGUUGAGGAAGGUAAAUCGAUAUUCCACAACAUCCAGAAUUUCCUGUCGUUCCAGCUUAGCACGGCUGCUGCUGCGUUGACACUCAUUUCGCUGAGUACGAUGCUGGGUCUGGACAACCCGCUAAAUGCCAUGCAAAUCCUGUUUAUCAACAUCCUCAUGGACGGCCCGCCUAGUCAGUCGCUCGGAGUAGACCCUGUAGAUCCCGCUGUGAUGCGCCGCCCACCACGCAAAAAGAACGCGCCGAUCAUCACGAAGAGGCUGCUCUGCAGAGUUCUCUUCUCGGCAUCAAUCAUUGUCGUCGGGACACUGUUCGUGUACGUCUUUGCGCUCAAGGACGAGGAUAUGUCAAGACGGGAACAAACGAUGACAUUCACCGCGUUCGUCUUCCUAGACCUCGUAUCCGCGAUCCAGAACCGCGGCCUCGGGUGCGCGCUGUUCCAGAACAAGAUGCUGAUUACGACGGUGUCGAUUUCGUUCCUCACGCAGCUUGCGCUGGUGUAUGUUGGGUUUAUGCAGAAGAUCUUUCAGACGGAUGCGCUGGGGAUGCAUGAUUUGGGGAUUAUUCUUGGGUUGGCGGGGGUGAGUUUGGUGUUGCAUGAGGGGAGGAGGUGGUAUGAGCGGAGGAUUGAUGCGGAUGAUACGUAUGCGACUGUGAUGGAGGAGUUGGCGUAG